AUGGUGAUUUACGCUUUAGGUAGCUUGGAAGAAGGCAAAUCUUCAAAAUAUCAAUUGGCAAUUGCACUUUUAUUACAGCAAGACUUCUUUAACUGGAUAACUUCUAUAGAAGUGUUUGAUCCAGUGCUAUCUCCGACGGAUAUUAUUGUCUUAAAAAAAUUAGGAUGCACUGUUUUAACAGUGGACGAGGAUUGCGAGCGACGGGUUGAGAGGCCAACAUUGUUUUUCAUGCCUUAUGUCCCAAACUAUCUCAUCGGAAAUUUAUUGGAAGCAAAUUGGUCUCCUUCCAAUAUUCACCAGGUGAUUUUGUUGACAAACAAAAUGAGUAAAAGCCUGGAAUAUUAUCAAGUUCUGCUACAAGAAGGAGAGCGUUAUAGCGAUCGGAUCAGUUUCAAGGAGAGAUUGGAAUAUCUAGAGGGUAUUCAGAAAUGCAUCCAUGAGAUCAAGAUCAAUGGAAAUUUUGUUGACAGUUUCCUGGAUGACCUUGAAGAUGUUACUGACAAUCCUCUUGUGCAUCUCAAUUUUACUUACCUUCCCAUUAUGACGCAGAUGCAGUAUCUGGAGGCUAUUCAAAAAUAUACUGAAGAGAUUGGGAUUAGAAGCCUUGGAGAAUCUAAAGACAAUUUAUUGUAUAACUUUGCCUUUCAUUUCUUUAAUGUGGCACCUGAGAUUGAUAUGCAGACCUUGCUUCAAGUUGUUGUGCCUAGAAUUGAUCAGAUUGGAUUUUCCCAUGAUGUAGGUGAUGAAGAGAUUCGACUAAAAUUUGACGGCCAAUUUGACAAGUUGUGGAAGAAAGAACAAGAACAAAUGGUUGCUAUAAUUGAGGAAUUGAUCAUUGAGGCAUGGAAUGACCAGAUGGCUGCAAUCGAAAAUGCUUUGUGA